AUGUCCAGGAAGAGGAAGAUAAAAAUAUUUAUAUGCUGCAGCAUAUUUAAGUGUGAAAACCACCAGUCUGUAACUUGAAAACGGCUGGAGAGUUUGUUCACUUCUUAUUUGUUUAUGGAUAUAGAUGCUCAUUAGCACGAGGUUUGAUAUGGAGAUGUGUUUCAGAAUAUCUCUGAUGUUUCUGCUCAUGACUGCUGAUGUUGAGAGUCAGUAUCUUCUGGAAAUGAAUUACAGCCCUUCAUAUGUUUGUGCAUUAAGGGGAUCAACAGUAACAGUGCAUUGUGCUUUACAAUAUCCUUCAAUAUAUCUUCUUGGUUAUCCGGUCACAACAGCCUUCUGGACCAAAUCAGUUUAUAUACCUGGAACAGAACCACCAAACCUGUGUUUAGACACAAAUUACAGAGGAAAGAUUCAGUGUCACAAUCAACAGACUCACGGUAUCACACUGACACAAGUGACAGAAGCUGAUAAACACAUCUACUACUGUGGAUUAACAACAAACUGUGGAUACAACUGUUACAAUUUAUGGACAGGAGUUCCUGGAGUUCAGCUUGAUAUCACAGACCUGCAGGUGGAGACAAAUCAGAGAGUGAAAGAGGGAGAUUCAGUGACUCUUACAUGUAAAACCACCUGCAGUCUGACUGAAGAAACAACAUUCAUCUGGUACAAAAACACACAAAUAUUCACAGAAUACAGAGUAAAUCAACUUCACCUGCGGUCAGUCAGUCGUGAUGAUUCAGGAGUUUAUAGAUGUGAGGCUGUAAGAGGAUCUGAACGUAUUCUGUCAUCUCCUGGUGUUUAUCUCAGAGUAGGAGAUGUUGAUGGUCAGCAGGGUUGGGGAGUGAAUUACAGCCCUUCGUAUGUUUGUGCAUUAAGAGGAUCAACAGUGAGAAUAAACUGUACUUUAAAAUAUCCAUCUGGCCAUGUGGUGAAUAAAGUCUUCUGGAGCGAAACUGCAUAUAUACCUGAUGGAGAACCACCUGACCUGUGUUUGGACCCAGAAAACAAAAGAGGAGUUCAGUGUUACAGUGAAUAUAAAGACACUCACAGCAUCACUUUGACAGAUGUGACAGAAGCUGAUAAACACAUCUACUACUGCAGAUUUAUAACAAACGCAGUAGGUGGUAAAUGGACAGGAAGUCCUGGAGCUCAACUUGAUGUAACAGACCUGCAGGUGGAGACAAAUCAGAGAGUGAAAGAGGGAGAUUCAGUGACUCUUACAUGUAAAACCACCUGCAGUCUAACUGAAGAAACAACAUUCAUCUGGUACAGAAACACAGAGAGAUUCACUAAAGGAAGAAUUACAUUGAAUCAACUUCACCUGCAGUCAUUCAGUCGUGAUGAUUCAGGAGUUUAUAGAUGUGCUGCUGCUGUAAGAGGAUCUGAACGUCUGUCCUCUCCUGAUGUUUAUCUUACAGUAGUUGUUGUUGAUCAGCAGGAUUGGGGAGUGAAUUACAGCCCUUCAUAUGUUUGUGCAUUAAGAGGAUCAACAGUGAGAAUAACCUGUACUUUAAAAUAUCCAUCUGGCUAUGUGUUCAAUAAAGUCUUCUGGACUAAAGCUGUUGAAUCUCAAGUGGAACACCCAAACCUGUGUCUGGACCCAACAUACAAAAGAGGAGUUUGUCAAAGUGAGAAUGAAAACCCUUUCAGCAUCACUUUGACAGAUGUGACAGAAGCUGAUAAACACAUCUACUACUGCAGAUUUACAACAGAUGAAGAUGGUAAAUGGACAGGAGUUCCUGGAGUUCAGCUUGAUGUCACAGACCUGCAGGUGGAGACAAAUCAGAAAGUGAAAGAGGGAGAUUCAGUGACUCUUACAUGUAAAACCACCUGCAGACUGACUGAAGAAACAACAUUCAUCUGGUACAGAAACACAGAGAGAUUCACUAAAGGAAUAAAAACAUUGAAUCAACUUCACCUGCAGUCAGUCAGUCGUGAUGAUUCAGGAGUUUAUAGAUGUGUUGCUGUAAGAGGAUCUAAACGUCUUCUGUCCUCUCCUGAUGUUUAUCUUAGUGUUGAGUAUCCUCCUGAGAAAACUUCAGCAUCCAUCAGUCGAUCUGGUGAAAUAGUGGAGGGUGAAUCAGUGACUCUGACCUGCAGCAGUGAAUCAAAUCCACCUGUUUACAACUACAACUGGUUUAAAGGAGAAAAGUUAGUGGGAUCUGGACAGAUCUACAGCAUCACGAGUAUCAAAUCAGAUCACAGUGGAGAAUACAAGUGCAAGUCCAGAAAUAAACAUGGACAUAAAUAUUCAGAUGCUGUGGUGCUGAAUGUGAUGUAUGCACCAAGAAAUGUUUCGGCAUCCAUCAGUAGAUCUGGUAAAAUAAUGGAGGGUGAUUCAGUGAAUCUGACCUGCAGCAGUGAAUCAAAUCCACCUGUUCAGAUCUACAGCUGGUUUAAAGGAGAAAAGUCAGUGGGAUCUGGACAGAUCUACAGCAUCACGAGUAUCAGAUCAGAUAACAGUGGAGAAUACAAGUGCAAGUCCGGAAAUAAACAUGGAGAGAAAGAUUCAGAUGCUGUGAUGCUGGAUGUGAUGUAUGCACCAAGAAAUGUCGUGGUGUCCAUCAGUGGAUCUGGUGAAAUAAUGGAGGGUGAUUCAGUGAAUCUGACCUGCAGUAGUGAAUCAAAUCCACCUGUUCACAACUACAGCUGGUUUAAGGAGAAUGAAACAUCAUCUGUUGGAUCUGGACAGACGUACAGCAUCACUAACAUUAACUCCAGAGACAGUGGAUGGUUUUACUGUGAGGCUCAGAAUGAAGUCGGAUCUCAGAGAUCUGCUGCUAUAUCAGUCAAAGGGGUUCAGAGUUCUGCUCUGUACGCCGUUUCUGGGAUUGUGGGAUGCCUCUUGUUGGUUAUCAUCAUUUUCAUCAUACUGUAUAAAUGGAAAAAGAGAAAAAAUGGUGAAGAUCAGGACAAAAGUCUUAACAGAGCAGCAGGAUCAGCUUCACCCAAUGAUGUUCCACUUUACUCAAUAGUAGAAUUAUCAACCAAUCAGAUUGAAGCCUUAAAAUCUGCUGAUACGGAUGAUGUUCAGUACGCCAGUGUCCGACACAUUAGAAAGAAAGAGUUGAAUGAUUAUGAAGAAAUGGACUGCCAGUAUAUGAACUUUAAAAAGCAUCCUACCUCUGAUCCUCACAGCUCCGCUGAUGUGAUCUACAGUUCACUCAAAUGAUCAACAUGUCAAAGCUUUCAGACAGGAUCCAACAGUCACAACAGACAGAAACUCAUCUGCAACUAAAUCUGCUGUAUUUAUCAAGAUCUUAAUUUAUUAAUUAAUUGAGUUAACAGGUUUACCUAAUGGAGACAUAGCAUAGAUGUAUAUGUAAAUAAUCUUUUAUAUAGUGUGACUACUGAUAAGUAAUAAAAUAAAAUGUUACCAUUGUUGGGAUAGCCUUUAUUUAGGAUUAGAUUUAGGAUAUUUUAUGUACCAAGAAAAGCUUUAUUUCUUUCAGUGUAAAUUGUUGCAAUGUAAUGUAAAUAUUCAGCAUCUUGUUUAAAUAUGAAAAAAACCUUUUUUGCUAAGUAGCCUAAUAAAAUCAUUGUUCGAAAGCCUUGUUAAACAUUAAAAAAAUCACAUUCAGCAAUGCCUUUAAUAGGCUGUAAUAUAAAAAAACAGCUUUUUAGAUCACUCUAAAAAUG